AUGGCUGCAGACCUCUCUUCGCUUUUGAACGCGUCAAAGGCGCUGACGUCCCACUUGGCUCGCCCCGACCUACCAUCUGUGAACUUGUCUCUGGACCAGAUUGAAGCGCAGUCCAGGAGGCUAGUCUCCAGACAGCCUGGGACCUCCGCAGAUGCAGGACGCGCAAAUUAUCUCCUGGCGCAGGCUCAUGUCGAUGCUCCCGCACUUGCAAACUCCAUCGCACACUUGAACACCCAGACCACCUUUUCUCCCCUCCAAGCGCUCCAAGACACUGAUGUCGCGGGCUACCUCCGCCAUGCACACGAACAGAACCUCAUUUCCACUAUUGAAGAGGGCCGAAGAGAGACGCAGGAGGAGUUCUACCGCGUGCUCGAAGACCGAGGCCGGAGGGACUGGGAAGCACGUAAGAAACGCGUCUUCGAGCAGCUCGGCGCGCGUGUGGGUGGGGAGAACAGGGCGGUGGCGGACCUCAAGAAGAGUACGCAUGGCAAGAACUUGUUAUCUGCGAGUGUGGGUCCAGCACCUACCCUGCAGAUGCAGAGUAAGAUGAUGGCCUAUGAUCGUGUCGUUGCUGAUCUCAACGCCUCGCGACUGCGCGGCACGUCGUACCCCAUCGUUCACGCACUCGUCCAGGCGUCGCAGUCCACAAACUCUGACCCGCGCUCGCAACAAACCACUCAGAACUUCCAUGUCCUUGCCAAAAUCACCGGGGAGCCUGCAUCGCUCCCUCCACUGUCUCACGCCGGCGCGCACAUUCUCAAUGCGCCACUCAUUGAGCGCAAGUUUGCCCGUGCUUACUUGGGAGAUCCUGAAUCGCGGGAGGCUGUUGAGCUUCGCAGGCAGAUUGCCAAGGGCGCACGCGAAGCGCUGGAGGAACAAUACUGGGACGUCAUCGAGCGUACCAUCCAAGCGCGUGCAACGGAGGCGCGACUGGGCGGUGACCCGAGCGUGGCCAACAAGAUCAGAGCGUACAUCCUCCUGCGACACUACCGCAAUGGCGAGUGGGAGGACAGGAUCGAGCUCGUAGCAGGCCAGCCUCUCUGGGCAAGACUGUUCUACCUGAUUCGCACCGGACACGCGCAAGAAGCGCUGGAAGAAGCAACGCGCCUCCAGCAAGCGAUCGAGCACCGCGAAUCCAGCUUCCUCAGCCACCUGAGGGCAUGGGUCGAGUCUGCAGACAGACGGCUACCCAAACCACACCGCGACCAGUUGCACGCGGCGUACAACGCGCAUAUGCUCCACUCUGCGACGGCAGACCCGUUCAAACUCGCUCUGUACAAACUUUUGGGUAAGAUCGACCCGGCGCGCAGGAGCGUCGCGCAAGUCACAGUCACCACAGAAGACUGGCUAUGGUUCCAGCUGUCGAUGGUUGAUGAGGACGAGUUCGGUGGUCUGAGAGGGCUUGCUGAGGUGCUGCUCAGCUACGGCGAACGGCACUUUGACGGCGUGCCUGGCCAGAAGGGUGCUAAGCGUGGCGUCUGGGCAGGUGUCCUGCUCAUGUGUGGCCAGUUCGAAAGAGCUGUCGCGGCGCUGUGGGACCACCACGAAACCGAGGUGGAGGCCGUUCAUCUCGCGAUCGCGCUCGCGUACCACGGCCUGCUCCGUGUGCCCUCACGGGCGGAGACGUCAGAUGUGACGCCUUUGACACUUUCCAAUGUCUCGCCACCGGCUCUGAGUCUGUCGACACUGGUCUGGCGGUACAUCAGGCAGUUUGUCAAGAUGGACGCACGGGAAGCCCUGCAGUACGUUUACUGUGUCUGCCUGAGCGCCGACCAGCCCGGUGGCGUCGGUAAGGAACAGGUCGAGAAUGCCUGGGAGCUCGUCCGUCGCAUCAUCGUCCUCGCAAAUACUGGUCAGGCAUGGGAAGAGCUCGUUGGUGGCUUCAGGCCCGACGGGACGCGCUUCAGCGGCGCAAUCGAGCAGAACGCGCCCCUGCUCAAGCUCGACGACACGCGCGAGUACAAUGAGCACAUUCUCAACCGUGCCGCGAAGUCGUCAGAGGAGGCGGACCGCAUCCCCGAGGCGAUCAAGCUGUACAACCUCGCGGGCGACUACACGACCGUCAUCUCGGUGCUCGCGCAAGCGCUCGGGAACACGCUCGCGCAGCCCAGCGUCGACGAGAAGGCGCGCACGGUUGAGCGCACGGCCGCGGACGUGCUGCGUCAUUACGAGCGCACGAAUCGUGCGGUCGGCCGCGAACGCGAUGCGGUGAUCCGAAUGCUGCGCGUGCGCGAGGCGAUGGACGCGAAGGACGCGGGGCGCGUCGAGAGCGCGCUCGAGCUCAUGGAGUCGACGGACCUUAUCCCAAUGGACGGCGACGUCGCGAAGAUCACGAAGCGCGCAGAGGAGUUCCGCGAGCUGCCGGACGCGCUGCAGCGCAACCUGCAGACGUUCCUCGCGCUCACGAUGGACGUCCUCGCGGCCGUGCACCAGAAGGUGAAGGCGUCGUCGUUGCCCGACGUCACGCGGCAAGCGACUCUAGCCGCGCUACGCAAAAAGUCGAGGUCGCUCAUCAUCUUUGCUGGGAACCUCAAGUACAGGAUGUCGCCCGAUGUGUACUCGUAUCUUGCGCGACUGGACGUGGAGAUCGCGUUGUGAUUGCUAGCUCUCUUUGUACUCUUCACGAUAUAUUGCCC